CGAGUACUCCAAAAAGCCGUGCGCAAGGAAAGAGCAAGAGCAGCGCAGUCCUGACUCGUUCUGCUUCGCCGAUAUCGUGAAAACCCCACGCCAAAAACGAAAAUCGAACUCCAGACGGGCGACGCCGCGACGGGGCGACGGGCGACAGCCAUCUUCACUGCCGGACGGCCAAGACAGGACGGCGCACGGCGGCGGCAGGCUGCUACUCUAAAUCCUCUCAUUUCUCUUUGUCAUCAAACAAGCUAAAAGCUAUCCCUCUUAAUAAGAAGAUACUUUUGAAGUUUUGAGAAGAGGAGAUUUGGGGUUUUUUCGUAACAUAAAAAAGGAAAAGUGCUGCCUAAGUCACUAAAGUCAUAAGUGGUUAAGAGCUAGAUCCGUCCUUGGGUUUGGUAGUCUGCACCUCUGGUCGUCUAUCGAUCAUCCUCACUGAACUGCUGGCUGCGAGCCUGCGACCUCAAAUCCUCAAUCCCUCAUCGACGAUUCGGACGUGUGAGGCUGAACGGCUAUUCCAGCCUGUUCUCCCAGUCGCCUGUUCCCCACUUCAGCCACUUGAAGACAUCCCCUUCCGGCUUCCGGCCUGCGCCGGCUGCGAGUGCGACAUGCUCGGAAGCUCGCUGAAGCUGAGUGCAUGAUUCUGUUCCUGACUGCCUCGUUGGACGGUGGUCUGCGAUUUUCUGUAUUGCAGUUUCUCCAGUAUAAUUGUAUAUCUAAUAAACACCUCAUUCCCCAAUCUGCCCAGAAAGCCACAAACCUCCAGUAGUGAGAAAACGUUGCAAUGGUUCGUAAGCGAUUUCAAGAUGCUAAAACAGGGUUUGCUAUGCUGAAAUCAUUCCGCACAGAGAAACUAAUGGAUAAAAUAGGGUUAGGGAAGGAGGAUUAUCACUUCUGGCAGCAAUUGAGUAAGGCUUUGCUCUGCACUUAUACAAUAGCCGGCUUGGCGUGGCUAUAUAAUGAGACGUCACCGCUUGGGUGGUGGACGCUGAAACCAAAGCCCAAGGAAGAAAGGGAGUUGGCCCACCUCUAUGAGCGGCGGAGGUUUCCAUAUCCGGGUGAUGAAGAAGCCAUGGAGGAGUUUAUUGCCAAUGGUGGGAUGAUCGGUACAACCAUCGGGCCCAAGGGGCUUAUGGAAUCAGAUAAAGAUUCUUAUAACUAUCAGAAAGCUUUGCAGGACAAAAAGAUGGAGCAGGAAGCCCUCAAGCUUUGGGUGAGGAUGAGGAAUGAAGUCAUCUCUGAACUCCAGGAGAAAGGAUUUGAUGUUGAAUGAAAUGAGGUGCUUCCCAUUCUUACGUAGCUGUACUUGUUACAAGCAAAAAUAUUGAUAUUUAUAUUGAUACUACAAGCAAAAGAUGCCCUAUUGCUAAUUUGCUACAUUGUUAUUACUCCGUAUUAUAAAUAAAUAAAUAAAUGACAAUAUCAUGAUUUGUGUAGUUAAUUAUAGAGUACAAGUUAUACGUAUUUGAUUAAAAACCAC